GUAUAUCCAACCAGCAACACAAACCAACACGAGCGAGACCGACUGUUUGAUAGUAGAUGUGUGGGAUGGAUGCGCUUUGGUGACGUAUGCGGCACAUGAAGACACACAGACACAUUGCGGCGUCAGUCUAUUCAUCCCCCCACAAAAAAUGCAUCAGUCCGUCCAGAGAGCAUGUCAGCAUCUAUCCAUAGGCAUGCAGCACCGUUUGGCCCUCCCAGCGACGCAGCUGCUCUCACAGAAGAUCCACUUCAGAAAGAUGUCGAGUGAGUCGCCCGGUCUGCCUGUUUGGCCUCGGUGGAGUCCAGCAGAGGUGUCGCCAGCUGCACACCUGUGUUUGCCGCUGCCGCACUUGUCGAGGUGGCCGACUCCCGCGCUGUCCUGCUCACAGACGAAGACAGCAACAAAGGAUGACAACCAGAAUGUGUCAACGGGCGAUAUGUCAGCCAGUCACUGUGAGCCCUUACCUGACGCCAUCGUCGCCUCGGCCUUCGGCGCUCUCUGAGGGCCUGACAAACAAACACACAGGGCGGCAAUCAGCCACUCUAAUGUGAAUACCAAGUUGUGGUUGGCUCACCUGCGGCGGUUUCCUUGCUUCUUUCCUAUCGCCUCAGCCACCUCUCGGAAGGCCGCCUCGUUGAUCAGGGAGCCGUCGUCGUUGACGAGGCUCGCGAGUUUCCGAAAGUCCUUCCUCGUCAGCUUACGUGAGUCGACCUUGUACUCCACAGGCGGACAGUGGACCAAGAGAUUGCCCAUCGUGGCACCAUACUUGGGUUCCUUCUCUCCCCAGUGGAGGGGAGUCAACCAGCUGAAAAUGACCUCGAGACCCAUCCACCCAAUACACAUCAGCUCCGCGUUCAGCAGGUGUCUUCAAGUGUCCCCAACACCUGGCGGCUCUAGCUGUUUUGGAUCUGAGCAGAUCUGCUCACCCAUUGUCAGAUCCAGACAGAUCCUGACCUUCUCG